AUGUCUAACCCGAAACCAGGAGCUAAAAUUCAUAUUAUUUAUUACUCAAUGUAUGGACAUAUAGCUCAAAUGGCUAAACAGGUUUUGAAAGGUGUGGAAGCAGCUGGUGCUCAAGGAUUUCUAUUUCAAAUACCAGAAACAUUGCCACAGGAUGUAUUAGAUAAAAUGCAUGCGCCAAAGAAAGAUGAUAAAGUACCUGUAGUCACCUAUGAUAAAUUGGAUGAUAUUUUGGUAAAUUGUGAUGGAAUCAUUUUUGGUUAUCCUACAAGAUAUGGUGGUAUGUGUGGUCAGAUGAAAACCUUCUGGGAUCAAACUGGUGGAUUAUGGAUGAAAGGUGCACUAAUGAGCAAACCAUUUUCAAUAUUUUUCUCAACAUCCACUCAAGGUGGAGGACAAGAAACAACUGCUCUUACAUCCUUAUCCAAUUUUGUUCAUCAUGGAAUGAUCUAUGUACCCAUUGGCUAUUCGAGUCCAAAAUUAGCUGACAUGAAUGAAAUUCAUGGUGGAUCAGCUUACGGAGCAGGCACACUAUCUGGUCCAGAUGGUUCUCGUCAACCGAGUGCAUUAGAAUUAGAAGUUGCAGAACAUAGUGGUAAACAUUUGACUGAAAUAGCCAUGGCAUUAAAAAUUGGACGAGACGCUUUGCCGAAAAAAGAAGCUUCACCACCAAACCCUGAACAAAAAUCUGUACCUCCAGAACCAAGCAGAAGCCGUCAAUCAUCAGCGAACUUAAAAGCCAAAGAAAAUAAAUGA